AUGACAGUGGACACCGGCUUUGGAGAUGGAGAUUUGGAUUUGGAACACGCGAUUCAAAAGCUGAAACCUGUCGGAGAUGCUGCGCCAGAGAUUCUCCCAGAAAAACACCUGAAAUUGGCUUGUCAACAGUUGAAAAGCAUUCUUAUCGAGGAAAGCAAUGUACAGCCAGUGCAGUUGCCUGUGGUGAUUUGUGGCGAUAUUCAUGGUCAAUAUUUUGACAUGCUCGAGUUGUUCAACAUCGGCGGACAAAUUCCGGAGAAAAACUACAUUUUCAUGGGCGAUUUUGUUGAUCGAGGAUACAACAGCGUGGAGACCUUCGAACUCUUGAUGCUGCUGAAGCUUCGAUAUCCGGCUGGAAUCACGCUUCUGCGGGGCAAUCACGAGUCUCGGCAGAUCACACAGGUCUAUGGCUUCUAUGAUGAGUGCUUGCGGAAAUAUGGCAAUGCCAAUUCUUGGAAGUACUGCACAGAGGUCUUUGACUACCUGACAUUGACCGCCAUCGUAGAGAAUUCGAUUUUUUGUGUCCAUGGCGGCCUCUCACCAGAUGUGAAGGUGCUGGAUCAGAUCAGAACCAUCAAUCGAGUGCAGGAGAUUCCCCAUGAGGGGGCCUUCGGUGACAUUGUUUGGUCUGAUCCAGAAGACAUUGAAUCCUGGGCUGCCAGUCCUAGGGGUGCUGGAUGGCUCUUUGGCGAGAGACCCACACAGCAUUUCAACCGCCUAAAUGGACUGGACUUGAUUGCAAGAGCCCACCAACUGGUGCAGGAAGGCUACAAGUACAUGUUUGCUGAUCCUUUAUCUCCCGAUGACAAAACCGGUUUGCUGGUCACAGUUUGGUCAGCGCCAAACUAUUGCUACCGCUGUGGCAAUGUGGCUUCCAUCCUGGACAUUGAUGAACGCGGUGAGCGGGAGUUCCGAAUUUUCCAGGAAGUCCCCGCCUCUGCUGCUGCCGUGCCGCCACGUCAGCUGGCCUUGGCGAUGGGUGAAGAGGAUUCACAGGAGGCGCUGCGACCUUUCAUCGAAGCUGAAAGGGAGUUUGUACAGCUGCAGGCCGCCGGGGACCAUGAUGGCGCAGUGCGAUGCCUCGAGGGUGUGCUCCGAGCGGAACAGGCCACUGUGCAGCAGAUGCCAGAUACGUUGCUGUCCACGCUGUUCGAGCGGUUGGCGAUAGGCUACAACACUCUGGGCAUGAAGCAUUUGAAGGACAAUAACACCGAAGUCUCUUGCAAGUUCUUUGAGAAGGCGGAAGCCCUCACAGACCCUGCAAAUCUGCAUAUGAAUCCUGAGUCUCGCCUGGUCUUGAGAGCGGUGACGUACAACAACAUGGGAUGCUUCUACAAGAGCUUUGGGAAGCUUCACACUGCUCUGCAGUACCUGAAGAAGGCACAAAAAAUCGAAGAAAAGUCCCAUGGAAGAUGUCAAAACCCUGCAGGAACACACCUGAAUUUGUGUGCCCUUCUGUCUCAGAUGGGCAAGCAUCAGGAGGCGCUGCAACAUGCUGACAAAGCUCUGAAGAAACUGGAGGCGGCCCAGCAUUCACAGCAGCAGUCGCAGCCCCCUGAUAGCAGCGGUCCUGUAGCAACUGGAAGCACGAACAGCGAGAGCUUGAUUUGUGUUGCCUACUUCAACAUGGGGGCGGAGUACGAGCACCUCAAGAAAGCAAGUGAGGCGCUGUGGCACUACCAGAGAGCUUACGACAGCUGUCUGCAGGAAUUGGGGGAAGAGCUGGGGAUCUCAGCAGGUCACUGCUGGCAGGUUGGUGCGCUUUUCGGGCACUGGCAGGGUGCAAACGCCUCACCUUUCGGCCGCUUCAACAAAGGCUGUCCGGGUGGGUCGCAUGCCCUUCAGAACCCGGGAAUGGAGAAAAAGGUUAAGGUGGCAAUCCACAAGCUCUUCGGAAGCACUCGAUGCAGCUUGGUGACCAAUGUGGUAGAUACUGUUGGGCCUGCAGUGGUGGCCAUCAAGCACAAAGAUGGCCGCGGACAGGGGAGCGGCUUCGUGUUCAGCUCGGAUGGCUAUAUUGUCACCAAUGAUCACGUGCUGGGCGAUGCAACUGGAUCUGACAUCGUGGUUUCUUUGACCGAUGACUCUGUUCUCCAAGCAGAGCUGGUUGGCAGAGAUCCACCCACUGACAUUGGAAUUCUGCGAAUUCCUUCCCGGGGAAGGUCUCUUCCUGCUGUGGAGUUGGGUGAUUCAUCCAAUCUACGCGUUGGUCAGCUGGUGGUGGCCAUUGGAAACCCCUUGGGCUAUGCCAACUCCGUCAGUGCUGGGGUGGUGUCUGCGCUGGGGCGCUCCCUUCGAUCGCAGUCGGGGCGGUUGAUUGUCACUGCCUGA